AUGAACAACCACAAAGUGCCAUCUCGACUCUACUCUCUUUCGACUCCCCAACUCUCCGAGUUCAAAUCCAUCUGCUCGCAAACUACAAACCCAGCGACCUACCCAUUAGCCAGCGAAAUCCAAUCCAACAUCCCAAUCUACGACCUCCAGGCCCUCGAAUCCGCCGACCUAACAACAAACCUAAUAACCCGCCUCCAGGAUGAAUGGCACCACAUCCUCCACAAAGGUCCGGGCGUCUACAUCCUUCGCUCAAUGUACGCAAAACAAACCCCAACCUUAAUUUCCACCAACAACGCGUUCGACACCAUCAUCGCGCGCGAACGCAGCCAAGGCCAGAAAGGCGACCACUUCGCGGUCGGCGGUGCAAACGAUCGGAUCUGGAAUGCUUUCUCCAAACACGCCCUUCAAGAUCCGUCCUCCUUUGUGGAUUACUACUCGAACCCUUGGCUAGCAGCUGUCUGCGAGUCCUGGCUGGGACCGGGCUAUCGCGUGACCGCACAGGUCAAUACCGUGCACCCAGGUGGCGCGGCGCAGGAAUCCCACCGCGACUAUCACCUCGGGUUUCAGGGCGUGAAUGCUUGUCAGCGGUAUCCGACUGCGAUACAGGAGGCGUCGCAGUUUCUGACGCUGCAGGGUGCUAUUGCGCAUAGCGAUAUGCCGAUUUCUAGUGGGCCGACGAGGUUCCUACCUUUUAGUCAGAUGUAUAAGCCGGGGUAUCUUGCCUGGCGAAGAAGUGAAUUCCGGCAAUUCUUCCAGGAGAGAUAUGUUGCGCUCCCGUUGAACCUAGGCGACGGGGUAUUUUUCAAUCCGGCAUUAUUCCACGCUGCUGGAGCGAAUGAGAUGGGCGAGGAUGGGUCCCGACGUGUUGCGAACCUGUUGCAGGUCAGUAGUGCGUUUGGGAAGAGUAUGGAGACUGUUGAGACAGUACCGCUGGUUGAGGCGACGUGGGAGUUGGUGGUUGAGCGGCAUCGGGCGGCAGGCGGGGUUGCGGGGGAGCUUGAUCCGGUGAGGUAUUCGUUGGCGCAGAGGGAGGUGCGAGCUUUUGUGCAGGCUGUUGCGGAGGGGUAUCCUUUUCCUACGAAUUUGGAUAAGAGGCCGCCUGGGGUGGGUGGGAUGGCACCGGAGAGUGAGCAGGAGAUUCUGGUACGGGGGUUGGAGGGUGGGUGGGAUACGGAGCGGGUUGUUGCUGCUUUGGAGGCGAUGCGUAUUGAUUCCCGGGCUUAG